GAAGACUCUUGUUCACAGAAAACUAAACUAAACUGUAGUUUCCAAAGCAAAAGGUGAAAAGCAUCCGAGAGAGUGGUCCUGGUCCUGGUCCUGGUAACAAGAAGAUUGCUUUUGUCUUGCCACCCUGCAUAUGUUGCUCCAUCACACACGCAACCAACCGCAGACAAGGAAAAAAGAAUCUUUCAUUUCAGGUGGUGCUAGCCAUGAACAAGUAACAUAAACAACAACUUGUGCUUGUAACUGACCCACCCCAAAUUAAAAAGCAUCCUAGCUAACCCCGAACCUAUUCAUUCAAUUCAACAAGCAUGGACCAUGGGAGUUCGAGGUACCUGAAUGUGUUCCCUGAUAAGGGUGGCAUUUGGGACUUGAUGCGCUACGCUCUGCUGGGAGACAUUUCCACCUUCGUUGACACCAACAAUAACAAUCUGUCUGAUCCUCAUCACAGAUGGAUCAUCUUCCUUUCCAUUCUUGUUCGCAAAAUCAUUGCUUUCCUCGCCAAGCCUCUCUACUGGACUGGCUGUUUUCUUGAAUUUCUGCUCAAUCUUCUGUCCCAGAAUGGCAACUUCUUUGGUCUACUUCACAACUUGAUACGGGGGAAUUUGGUGGUACCACAAAGAGGUUCAGAAGCUUUUAUCAGUAUAGUCGGUCACUUGGACAAUAGGAUUGAUCUGCAUGAGGGCCAGAUGUUCACAGAAUUUAUACCAGAAAUGGGCAACCGGGCUUUAAUGGACCUCUGCGUGAUGGCUUCCAAGUUAGCAUAUGAGAAUGCUCUAGUCAUCAAAAAUAUUGUAAGCAACCAUUGGAAGAUGCACUUUGUGGACUUCUACAACUGCUGGAAUGAUUUCCAGAAAGAGAUGUCCACUCAAGUAUUUAUUAUGUGUGACAAGGCCAAAGAUGCAAAUUUGAUAUUAGUCAGCUUUAGAGGGACUGAACCUUUUGAUGCUGAUGAUUGGAGUACUGAUUUUGAUUAUUCCUGGUAUGAGAUCCCAGAAACGGGAAAAGUUCACAUGGGAUUCUUAGAAGCCCUUGGUUUGGGCAAUAGAGUUGAACCUUCCACCUUUACCUUUCAUCUUCUAGGGAAAAAAAAUAGGAAGUCAAGCUCUACAGAUGAUGCUGAUAUUGGAGCCUCCUCUGAAUCAUUGUUCUCUGGCAAUGAUGAUUCUGAUGCCGAUCAAAGCCAAUAUUUAACUUCUGAGACACCAUCAGAGAUGACUGCAUAUUACACCGUGAAAAGCAAACUCAAAAGCCUAUUAUUGGAGCACAAGAAUGCAAACUUCAUGGUUACUGGGCAUAGCUUGGGAGGAGCCCUGGCCAUAUUGUUUCCAACAGUGCUAGUGGUGCAUGAGGAGAUGGAGAUAAUGGAAAGGUUGCUUGGUGUGUACACAUUCGGCCAACCGAGGAUAGGGAAUAGGCAGCUGGGGAGAUUCAUGGAAGCUUAUUUGGAACGGAAGUACUUCAGAGUGGUUUAUUGUAAUGAUCUUGUCCCCAGGUUGCCUUAUGAUGACAAAACCUUCUUGUACAAACAUUUUGGAGCCUGCCUUUACUACAACUGCUUGUAUAUUGAAAAACAAGUGAAGGAGGAGCCAAAUAAAAAUUUCUUUCAAAUGAGAUCCGCAUUGUCAAUACAUCUGAAUGCCGUGUGGGAGUUAAUUAGAGGCAUUGCGAUUGGGUACGUUGAAGGUGCAGAGUAUAAGGAAGGGUGGCUUCGCAUAUUGGCAAGGGUAAUAGGAAUAGUAUUUGCUGGUUUUUCCGCUCAUUGUUCCACAGAUUAUGUCAACUCUGUCAGACUUGGUAAGAAAAGCUCCCCUCAAAUGUCUCCCAUGUAACAAGUUCUCUCCUUUAUUAUGGUUGGCAAUGACUUGUUUUCUAUUCCUCAAGUUUGCUCUGUUUUGUCAGGUGUUUAUAUUUCAUACUUGAAUGCCUAAGUGUUGUUCUUUUCAUUUGAGAAUAUAUUUUCCUGCAAUGUUAUUUCUUUUGUUCCCGAUGAAGAA